AUGGCGCCUUCAAGAUUCACUACCCCCCAGGAUUUGUUCUACAACCAAGUCUACGCUAGACCCGCGACGCACGCGUCAUCUCGCACUCGUAUUGAAGACUCCCAAACUCCUCGAGACCAAGCUCGUCGCAACCAGAUAAGUGAGCUUAAUGCAGCGAACUCGCCCCUUCUCCACCUAACCGCCGAGCUACGCAACACAAUCUAUACCUACGUCUUUAGCUAUACAGCCUGUGUCUUCAAAGGUUUCAACAACGACCUAAUCUUUGAUCCCAAUCAGCCAUAUUUGUUCUAA